AUCUUCCAAUGAGGGUGUUAAUAUUAGUGACCCUGAUGUCAGCCUAAGAUUUGAUAUUAUACCUCUUUUGAUCAAAGAUCUUAUGGAUAAAAAAGUCAUACUUGUUCGAGCACCGCCAUUUUCUGGAAAAACGUCAAUAACCCAAAUUAUGGAGCAUAACUUGUUGGAAUACAUUUGGAGAGCGAUGGAAAAGUAUUGUUGGUGUAAGUUGGAAGAGUGGAUAGAGCAGUGCGAUUUAAUUCCAACUAUUUUGAUUCUAGAUGAAGCUCAAUUAAUUUACGCGAAGGAGAAAAAAGUUGAUGAAAAUAAUAUAGAAUUUGCAGAUCAAUUCUGGUUGGUUGUUAAAGGACUCGCAACUCCUGUCGCAUUACCGGAAUCAAAUUGCAAAAGUCUUAUUGACAUCAAUUUUAAGCGUGAUGAGUUAAAAAAGUAUAUUGAAAAGUUCUGUGACAAUUACUUCAAAAAUUUAGAUCCACCAAGCGUCUCAAAAUUAUAUAAAUAUAUUUGGAUAGUUACAAAAGGACACGUGGGUUUAGUUCGUCAUAUCUUGAUGUCUACAGAAAAAGCAAUGAAGAAUCAAAUUGAUACCAAUCACCUAUUUUGGGAGGAAAUAUUCAAGUAUUUUAAUUCAGAAAACUUCAAUUCAACUAUCUAUGUCAACUGCCGUGCUGUACCAAAAGUUUCUGCACUUUCUGAUACGCAAAGAAUCAUAUGCGAAAAAAUUUACUUAAAUGGAAAAAUUCGUUACAUAGAUUCUAAUGAGGAUCAU